UAAUUCAAAUUUUCUGUAUUAAGUAUUUUGUAUUUUUUGUUUGUUUAUUAAUUACUUUAUGGACAAGGCCGCAAAGAAACAUCACCGGUAUCUUGUUUGUCCGCUUACCAAUCACCGUCUGAUAUUGGGUAAUAUUUAAAUAUUAUGGAUUAUACAAUAAAUUGAUAUUUUUUCGAUAAAAUAAAAACAUCCUGUGAUAAGACUUGAGUUUUGAGGCAUCACGCGCCCCCUCGAGGCACAACAUGAGCACGAUGACGUCAACAGGGAAAUAAGAGAAAGCGAAACUGAUCUGAGGUCAGGUAACGCGAGCCUGUCUCUCUCGAUGGAUCAACCCGUGAUCAAAUACAGACAUUGUGGAAGAGACAUUUACAGUUUUUCAUGUUCACGUUACUCUUUUACUCAGCAAACUGAUGACGUGGACAGAAGCGAGUGUCCGAUCUGUCAUCAAACUCUGACAUUCGGUCUUUUAGACGCACCUGUGACGCUCACCUGUCCUUUUAUGAACGCGCAUCAAGUGUCGUGUGCUUUUGUGAUAGGAUCUGUUCACGGACCAUCAUAUCUGGGAGAAUGGCAUGACACAGAAAUACACGUGGGAGUCUCAAAUUCAGAAGGUCUGGUUUAUAACUACACGCUGUCAGGGGUCCAGAGAGAUGAUCGGGGUUGGGAACAGUGUGUCUGUGUACAGUUGGUCCCACCGUGGAGACAUGACCUGAGGGAAUCAUGGGACAGAAAACUAGAAGAGUUUUCUGUACUCUCAGAAUGGGUUUCAGAACGAUUUGAGGAGGAGAGAGAAUUUGGAUCCUGUUGUUAUGGUUUUGCUUUGACCUUCAUCAACCGGAUGCGCUCACUGGAUGGAAAAUUGUCUCUGAACAGAGACCAGUUCACAGGAUCUUAUAUUUUACCCAGAAUGAAGACUGUGUCCAAAUACAUCAAAAUCUACCAUACAAUAUUACAGCAAGGAUUUUACAAACUGGACAAGAGGUGACACAGGUUGUUUUAUAAAACACUAUACUCAUGGGUUAAGCAAAAGUUUGUGAAGUAGUAGGCCUGUUGUAGACUGAAACCUCGCCUGUGGUGUGAGGUGUUAUUUACACAUGACAGAUGGGAUUUAACUACUCAUGACAGCUUGUAAAUACUUUAACAGUCGGAUUUGAACAAACAACAUAUAAGAUGCUGUGUCAUCUACUUGUUCAACUUGAAAUAAAGUGAUAAUAAAGCACAAUCUGGUGUCUGUAUUGGUAAGCAUGCACUCGGAUCUCAUUUAAUCCUGUUUCCAGCGUCAUGACGUAUCCUCUGCUCUGUCCACAUGCACGUGAGCAUCGGUGAACAUUAAAGAAGCUGGCGUGCAAACAGAUCCAGCUGAUCCACAGGUUUAGAGUUAACUGCAACCAGAUCCGACUCCAAUCAACGUCACUCUAUUGAAACACAAUUGCUGGUCUCUCUCGACCGCGGCAUUGAUGCCGGCCGGGCAGCUC